GGUGACUAUAUAAUUAACAAGGCCACAUGACAAGAGAGUAAUGAUUCACAUGACAUGCCAAAGAAAAUAUACAUUUUCAAUUCCUCAAAAAAUUCACACUUAUCCAUCCAAAAUGUCAAAAUCGCUUUUGCAUUUACUCUCUCUCGUUUCCAUCCUCUACUGUGUCGCUGCUCUCCGAUGUCGUCCCGACCAAACCGAAACACUUAAACGUUUCAAAAACGAGUUUGCCUUCUCCAGCCUCUGCAGCGACGACGCCAACUUCUUCCGCGGUGUGGUCUGUGAUAACACGACCGGUGCGGUCACGGUUCUAGAACUUCCCGGUGGAUGUUUACGUGGCACUCUCAGACCAAACAGUAGCCUCUUCGAGCUAAGUCAUCUCCGUUACCUUAACCUCUCUUUCAACAACUUCGAUUCUUCUCCCUUGUCCUCUGCUUUUGGUCAACUCAACAACCUAGAGGUCUUGCUUCUCUCCUCGAAUGGCUUUCUUGGCCAAGUUCCUUCUUCUAUACGUAACCUCACAAAACUAACCCAAUUAAAGCUUUCCCACAACAAGUUAACCGGUGAUUUACCCUCACUUGUACAGAAUCUAACCAAACUUUUAGCUUUAGACCUUUCUUAUAACCAGUUCUCUGGAACCAUACCUUCUUCUUUCUUCACCAUGCCUUUCUUGUCUUAUCUUGAUUUGAGUGAGAAUCAUCUCACUGGCUCAUUUGAAAUCUCUAAUUCUUCGUCAAAGCUCAAGAUCUUAGAGCUUGGGAAUAACCAAUUUGAAGCAGAGAUCAUAGAUCCUGUUUUGAAGUUAGUUAAUCUCACGUAUCUAAGCCUCUCGUUCCUAAACAUAAGCCAUCCAAUUGACUUAUCAAUUUUCUCUUCUCUCCCAUCUUUGUCAUACCUUGAUCUUAAAGGCAACAGUUUAACACCAACGAGUGUGAAUUCAGACAUCGAAUUGUCAAAGAACAUGGAGAUCUUGCUCUUGUCGGGAUGCAACAUCAGCGAAUUCCCCAGAUUCUUGAAGUCCUUAAAGAAGUUGUGGUAUUUAGAUCUUUCCAGCAACAGAAUCAAAGGGAACGUCCCUGAUUGGUUAUGGAGUCUCCCUCUUUUAGUCUCUCUGGAUCUUAGUAACAAUUCAUUCACCGGUUUCGAAGGUUCAUUGGAUCAUGUUUUAGCCAAUUCAGCGGUGCAGGUAUUAGAUAUUGCUUUAAACUCUUUCAAAGGUUCAAUCCCUAAUCCACCGGUCUCUAUCAUCAACUUGUCUGCUUGGAACAAUAGUUUCACAGGAGACAUUCCUCUCUCAGUCUGUAACCGGACCUCUCUUGAUGUUCUUGAUCUGUCCUACAACAACUUCACUGGCUCAAUUCCUCCAUGUAUGGGCAAUUUCACCAUAGUCAAUCUCCGGAAAAACAAGUUGGAAGGAAACAUUCCAGACGACUUUUAUAGCGGUGCUUUGACACAGACACUUGAUGUUGGAUACAAUCAACUAACCGGGAAGCUUCCAAAAUCUCUCCUGAAUUGUUCUCUCCUAAGGUUUAUAAGUGUGGAUCACAACAAAAUCAAUGAUUCAUUUCCCUUCUGGCUCAAGGCAUUGCCAAAUUUGAAAGUCCUUACUCUCCGUUCAAACAGAUUCCAUGGUCCUAUAUCUCCACCAGAUGAUCAAGGUCCUCUUGCAUUUCCCAAGCUCCAGAUACUUGAAAUAUCGCAUAACACAUUUACCGGAAGCUUACCAACAAAUUACUUUGCGAAUUGGAGUGUAACAUCUCACAAGAUGUAUGAUGAAGAGAGGCUAUAUAUGGGAGACUAUUCGAGUGACCGGUUUGCCUAUGACGAUACAUUGGAUUUACAAUACAAAGGUCUAUACAUGGAGCAAGGCAAGGUUCUUACUUUCUACGCCGCCAUUGAUUUCUCUGGAAACAAACUUGAAGGAGAGAUUCCGGAAUCUAUUGGUCUUUUGAAAACAUUGAUUGCUCUCAACUUAUCAAACAACUCAUUCACGGCACACAUCCCGAUGUCUUUCGCCAAUGUGACUGAGCUCGAGUCAUUAGACCUGUCAGGGAACAAACUCUCGGGAGAAAUUCCACAAGAACUUGGGAGACUAUCGUAUUUGGCGUACAUAGAUCUCUCUGAUAAUCAGCUCACUGGUGAAAUACCACAAGGAACACAAAUAAUAGGGCAGCCUAAAUCCUCAUUUGAAGGGAAUUCAGGGUUAUGUGGUCUCCCUCUUGAAGAAAGCUGUUUUAGCGAAGACGCACCUUCGACACAAGAGCCCGAAGAAGAAGAAGAAAUAUUGAACUGGAGAGCAGCGGCAAUAGGGUAUGGACCAGGAGUGUUGUUUGGAUUAGCAAUAGGUCAUGUUGUUUCUUUGUACAAGCCAGGGUGGUUCGUCAAGAAUUAUGGUCAGAAUAGGCUCAGAGGCAUUAGACACCCUUAGGAUUAAUUUGUUCUGUUUUCUUUUUGUGUAAAUUGAUCUUUGAGUAUGUGUCAAGUUACUCAAAAACAUAAUUAUGGCACUAUAAAAUUAGUUACUUCCAUA